ACAUCAGAACUCAAUCGACUCAGAGAAGAUGCCCGCCGGAGAUAUGUUUUAGAUACGGCGCAGGGCGGAAGGUAUGUGAUCGUCAUGCAUUUUUUGGGGUGUAUAUUCGCGUGGUGUAUUACAGCUCUGCAUUCCUGUCGAGUUUAUUUCCGGUAGAUCAUCGUGAUGCUUGAAUAUUUAAUUGCCCUGUUAUCAGUCCGAUUCAGUUGUCAUGGCCUUCAGUGAUCGAUCGAUUAGCACGGGAUUAUGCAAGCCUGAGAUGCAGCUUUGUCACGCCUGAUGCAAACAGCGCGUCGAAAUAUUGUCCGUCCAAUUCAC